GUUAAAGGAAGAUUAAGAUUACUCCCCAGACCGUUCCGUUAUACAUUAAUAUUUGCUCAAUAUUGCCGUAUAAAAUAAUAUUCUCUUUGUGAGAGCUGUGUUUCUGGAUAAUACUCCGUCCUGAUUACUAAGCAUUUCAUUCCGGAAGUGUACAAUGGUUAAAGGUCGAAAAAUAAUAAAUCCUGCUUUGCUGCUUUUGGCGAUGUGUUGGGCAGUAAAUAAAUUAGCUCUAGCGCUUGUAAUCCCAGCUAAGAACUGUGCUGAGCUUUACAAGUGCGGCCAAACCAUCAGUGGUGUUUAUACAAUCGACCCUGAUGGUUCAGGUGCCUUUGAUGUGUAUUGUGACCAAACGACAGCUGGUGGAGGAUGGACAGUGAUCCAGAAGAGACUAUGUAACAUUGCUGAUUUCAACCGCACCUGGGAUGAUUACAAAAAGGGAUUCGGUGAUUUCCUCGUUCGUGAAUUUUGGCUGGGACUGAACAAGAUCCAACGUCUGACGCAAAACAAGACAGAAAACAAACUCCGCGUGGAUCUGGGAGUAAAUGCGAGCAAAACUGUUCACGCUGAGUACGAAUGGUUUGGUAUUGAGAAUGAGACAGCCCAUUACAAGCUACACAUCGGCAAUAUUUCAUCUGCUACUGUUGAAGAUUCCCUCUCCGGUCAUAAUGGCACGUUAUUUAGUACGUGGAAUAGAUUUCCAGCUGAUCAUGAUUGUGCACGGAAAUAUGGGGGAGGCUGGUGGUACAUGUACAUUGAUGGAGUUUGUACUGUUAACUCAAAUCUUAACGGCAUCUGUCCUCAUUCUGGAAGUAAUUGCACAAUUCACUGGGCAAAAUUAAACCCUAAAGCUAAAAACAACGACCCCAAAACAUCUGAAAUGAAAGUCAGACCAGCAGACUUUUCCUAGAGCAUUCUCUUUGAGGAACCGGUAAUUUUUUCUUUGGGAAGAUUUUUUUGUGUCAUGAAACAAUUGUUUAUAUGAAAUAAUAAACCAGAUCCUCUUACAAGACUCUGUAAUGUUCUCGGGGGGUUUGAUAGAGUUAUCUACGAGUUAUCAGACAACAUGGUUUAUUUGAUGAGUCU